AUGGGCCGAGUGAUCGGCCGAGAGACGGAAUCCUUCGUGGAUCAGGAAAUCGUUCGAGCAAUCGACACAUUUAUAGAGCGGCCGAUUGUCGCAAGAGUACAGCGUUUUGGGGCAACAUCUGCGUGCGACAACUACACGAACAGCCCCUUUGGGUGGGGUGGGCCGCGCGGCAACGGAGCGUCUCGAAAUAGCUUCUCCGUCAUAUAUUAUCAUUAUGGUGUCGUCGACUCCAUUAUGGCCAUGGGCUAUGAAACCAGUUUGCGCGAGGAGCAGCCGCCGCUUGGAAUGUGCUCGCCCAGACCCAACAUCUGCCUC